AUGACUAAGCAGCACAUGACCUCGUCAUCCCCCAAACCCCAGAAGUGGAAUUCAAAGCAACCGCAAGAAAAAAGAACGACGCCAGCGACGCAGGCAAGCAUCAUCUCGAUCCAGACAUCCCGGCAGUCGUCUGAACAGUCCUCUUCGCUCUUCGACGCCGACCGAGACAAAUCAGGCAGCCAGCGGACCCCGUCUCCUACCCCGUCAGAGUCCAACUUCUCCGUCUGGUCAGAUUCCGGUGAUAUUGCAGACCAGCUCGCUGACGAGGAAGACCCCUUGCGUCUUCGGUUAAGAAGGUCUCUCGACCUCCAGGUGUUUGGAAAGUCUGGUCGACCGAAUUCAACUCAGCCAAAACGGGUUCGCUACGAGGAAGACGAAGCUGGGGAGGAGCAUACGCCUUUCGUCGACAACGGAGACCUAAAAGAGGCCGUCCGAAUUCCUGAACCAGGCCCAAGGACCAUUUCUAGAGCAGAGAGGCUGCUGGCUUCCAUCAUGUCGCCCCGGGAUGGCAGGGCCAAAACCCAUGGCCUCGUUGGGAAGCCAUUGUUGUACUUUACUAGCAUUUUCGUGUCGUUAGGCGUCUUUUUAUUUGGAUAUGAUCAAGGCGUUAUGUCCGGCAUUAUUACGGGUCAAUAUUUUAAAGACUAUUUUAACCAGCCAACUCGUGCAGAGAUCGGCACAAUGGUAGCCAUCCUUGAAGUUGGAGCAUUUAUAUCCUCGCUCCUCGUGGGGAAAAUCGGCGACAUAAUCGGUCGACGACGAACUAUUCUCUACGGCUCCAUGGUCUUCUUUGUCGGCGGUGCCUUCCAGACCUUUGCUACGGGAAUCCCUAUGAUGCUUGUAGGGCGUAUCGUAGCUGGUCUGGGUGUCGGUGCCCUCUCCACGAUUGUUCCCGUUUAUCAAUCCGAGAUCUCCCCACCUCACAAUCGGGGUCAACUUGCCUGUAUUGAGUUUACGGGGAAUAUUUGUGGGUACGCUGCCAGUGUCUGGGUUGACUACUUCAGUAGCUACAUCCAGAGUGACCUUUCUUGGCGUCUGCCAUUAUUCCUCCAGUGCGUCAUGGGUGCACUCCUCGGCUUUGGAAGUUUGAUCAUCUGCGAAUCUCCUCGGUGGCUCUUGGACCAGGACCAUGAUGAAGAAGGAAUGGUCGUCAUUGCCAACUUGUACGGCAAGGGAGACCUUCACAACGACAAGGCUAGACAGGAGUACCGUGAAAUCAAGACCAAUGUCCUCGUCACUAGGCAGGAAGGCGAGCGGACAUACAAAGACAUGUUCAAGCGCUACUACAGACGCGUCUUUAUUGCCAUGUCUGCACAGGCCUUUGCCCAGCUCAACGGUAUCAACGUUAUCUCAUACUAUGCUCCCCUUGUGUUUGAAUCUGCUGGCUGGGUUGGCCGUGAUGCCAUCCUGAUGACCGGAAUUAACGGUAUUACCUACCUGCUCUCCACCAUCCCACCAUGGUACCUAGUUGAUAGAUGGGGUCGCCGACCAAUCCUCUUAUGGGGUGCUAUUUUGAUGAUCAUAUCGCUUUCUGCCAUGUCCUACUUCAUCCACCUCAACGUCUCCUACACCCCAGCCCUGACCGUCAUAUCUGUCAUGGUAUACAAUGCUGCCUUCGGGUUCUCGUGGGGUCCCAUCCCAUGGUUGUACCCCCCAGAAAUCCUUCCGCUCAGCAUCCGUGCCAAGGGUGCUAGUUUGAGUACUGCAACGAACUGGGCAUUCAACUGGCUUGUUGGAGAACUUACUCCUGUGCUCCAGGAGGCCAUUCACUGGAGACUCUACCUCAUGCAUGCGUUCUUCUGUGCCUGCAGUUUUGUCGUCGUCUACUUCCUUUAUCCUGAAACUAGUGGCGUUCGCCUCGAGGACAUGGAACUUAUCUUCGACGAUGCUCCAUCCGCUGCCCCUACUCCAGCUACCCAAGCCGAGCGCGGCUCUCUCAUGGGAGGCGUUGGCUCGCCGUCAUCAUUCGACAUCCGACGCGGCAAUGAGGCAGGAGGACCAUCUAUUCCUACCCUGCAUCUCAACCCGCCCACUCCUAGACCUGGUUCCAUGGCUGGGAGGCUGAAAAAAGCCUCUGAGGGUUCCCCACAUCUCCGCCCAGCGAAAGCAAAGGCGGCAUUGGAGCAUGGAUUUCCAACCUUAUCAACCGCGGUAAGGACAAGAGGAACACAGGCGAUCACAGCCAGUAUCGUCAGCUCGGACAGCAUGAAGAAGAGUAAAUAUAAAUCUCCUUUUCUCAUCUUCAUCUUUAUAGGCGUUUGCAUAUAG